AUGCUACGUUACGAUGAUGGUGAGAAAGGUAGCCAAAUGUUAUCUCGUGUUAUAACUGUUGAUGAAAAAGUUGGUCAACUCUUCAGAAAAAAAGGGUACCUUUUGGAACAAACAGAUGAGCCAGAAAGUACUAUGCUUGUUACUGCUGAUGCAAAAUUUGUAAAAAAACUUUUAAAAACCAAAGAGCUCGCAGCAGACAUUUAUACUGACGGAACAUUUCCGUCCAGUAUCAGUAUGAAUGAACUCGAAUUAUGUCAAACUUAUAUAAUUCAAAUUGGAGCAUACAAUCAGGGUACUAGAAUUAAAUUGAGAUUCAUCGAUUCAUAUAGAUUUAUGGCUAGUUCCAUAGAUUCAUUAUCAAAUAAUUUAGAUGAUAAUAAAAAAUCAAUAACAAGAAGCCUCUGUAAAAAUGAUGAUGAAUUCAAUUUAAUUACAAAGAAGGGAGUAUUUCCGUAUCUUGAUAAAUGGGAAAAAUUUGAUGACACAACACUUCCAUCGAAAGAACAAUUUUAUUCGAAAUUGAAUGAAGAAAAUAUUUCAGAUAAAGCAUAUGCACAUGCUCUAAAUGUUUGGCAAAUGUUUAACAUAAAAACCUUGCGAGAAUAUUCUGAUUUAUAUUUACAGACUGAUGUUGCUCUUUUAGCUGAUGUUUUUGAAAGCUUCAGAGCUGAUUGUUUGAAUACAUAUAAGUUAGAUCCAGCACAUUAUUAUACACUACCUGGACUUAGUUUCAGUGCAAUGUUGAGAUAUACUCAGAUUGAAUUGGAAUUGUUAACAGAUCCUGAAAUGAUGUUGUUUAUUGAGCAAGGUAUAAGAGGUGGUUUAUCACAAGUCUCAAAUCGAUAUGGAAAAGCAAAUAAUCGAUAUAUGGGCAGUGAAUAUAAUCCUGAGGAAGAAGAGUCAUUUUUAAUGUACCUUGAUUUAAAUAAUAUGUAUGGAGCAGCAAUGAGAGAAUAUCUUCCAACUUGUAAAUUUGAAUGGAUUGAUAACUUUGAUAUUUCAAUAUUAAAUUCAACUGCUGAUAAUUCAAAAUAUGGAUACAUUCUUGAAGUUGAUUUAGAUUAUCCUGCAAGUUUGCAUCAUCAUCAUAAAGAUUUUUCUUUAGCACCAGUACGCGAAAAACCACCUCUAGAAACCAGGAUGAUUAUUACUAAAGUUCAUCGUGUUUUGAAAUUUCAACAAAGUUCAUGGCUUCAAUCUUAUAUUGAUCUUAAUACAGAGUUACGAAAGAAAGCCCGUAGUGCAUUUGAAAAAGAUCUUAGAAAAUUAUUUAUCAAUGCAAUUUAUGGUAAAACUUUUGAGUCUGUAAGAACUCGUAAAUCGAUAAAACUUGUACAAAAAUAUGGUGGUAGAGGUGGAGCAAGAUUUUAUAUAUCAAAGCCAAACUUUCACAGUCACUUAAUCAUUGAUGAUCUUGUUAUAAUUGAGAUGAAACCAACAAGUAUACUUUUUGAUUAA